CACCUGGUCACCUUGCAAAUGAGAAUAAAAAAAACAGAAUAAUUUUUGCAAGCUUACAGACUGGCAAAAAAAAUCUGAAUUUCGUCAAAAGUGUUAACUAAGUGCUGAUUGCGUUUUACAAAUGGCAGAAGCUGUAAAAAAAGAGAGUAACGCUCAGCAGCGACCCUUGGAUGGCGGUGGCGGAGGAGGAGGUGGUGGCAGCGGGGGAGGAGGCGGCGGCGGAGGAGGAGCAGGGAUGCCCAAAAGGAAGCACCGCCGGGGCAAAAAGUCCAAGAUGCUGCCCAAGAAGACCAAGAAUCACUAUCCACAGUGGAAACUCGAUAUGCCAGCGGGUGCGGGAGCCACGCUGGAGGGGAACGCCCGCCAGAACAGUCGCACCAAGCUGGUGCGCUCCCGAUCCCUGCUCGUGCCGUACAACACCAACGGCUUCCUCAUGGAGGAGCACAUGUCCGAGCUGCACAAGGACGACUCCGAUGACAAUUGCUUUAACUCGCAGACCGAGGACCAGGUGCUCUUCCUCUCCAAGGAGUUCUCCAAUGUGUACGAGCGGGCGCGCCUCGAACGCCUGGAGACCAUGAGCAAGCAGGAGCUCAUCCAGGAGUGCCUGCAGAUCGAGGAUCGAUACUCGAAGGCCCAGAACGUAUCCAAGGAGUUCGGCGCCAAGUUACGCGCGCAGGAGGAGAAGAUGCGCCAGCUGUCGAGGGAGAAUCAAUUUCUUCGCUCCCACUUCCUGCGAUCGUGCUCCACGUCAGCGGGUCCUGCAGCAGCUGCAGCAGCUGCUGCCUCGCCGCCCUCUGCAAUGGCGCCCACGCCCAGCUCCGCCUGCGAGCUGCAGGCCAGACAACAGCCACCCCAGCAGCCCCAGGCCACACCCAUGGACUCCUCCAGCGAGGACAGCGAGAGCGACAGCAGCAGCACCACGUCGAGCACCACUUCCAGCACAUCCUCGAGCAGCAGCGAUGCCCAUGAGAUGGGCGUGGCUGGGUUGAACAUCGCCAAUGGGCAUGCCGAACGGCACGAGCGCAGCCGAACCCGUUCCAGAUCACGGUCGCCAAUCCAUCUCAAUGGGCAUGCCAACGAUGAGGAGCGCCAGCGCCUGCUGGACGGCAAUCAAAUGGAUGAGGACGACAACUCCGCCGAUGUCCCCAAGCCAGGCGAUGCAGUGGUCAAAUAGGAUCGUGUGCGUCACUCCGACCUGUGUAAAUAGAAGACUCAAAUGUGGUAGAAAGUGGCGACAUGUGGACAGCAACCUUGUUUAGUUUUUAAGUCAUUUGUGGGCGCCCCAACCUUGGGGGACUUUACUUCAUUCAUCAGUUCAUCAUUCAGCGAAAGCAUCAGCAUCAUCUUAUCAACUGCAAGCAAUGCAACCCAAAGGCAAUUUUAUUGGUCUGCCUGGUGUACAAUACUUUGAGAUGUUGCCUCAACGCGUUGAUUUUAAUGGAAUUUUGUAUAAUGAAAACUCGAUUUGUAGGUAAAUAAAAAGUUAAAUCGUGAAUUCGAA